GCAGCACCCUGCUGCGGAAUCCCGAGGUGUCGCUGUGGGAGCGGAACCUGGGAGCAGGCAGCAGCUGAGGGAAGCUUCUGACCUCCGGUAAGGUAGGAGCAGCGUUCGGUUCUGGAUCUGAGAUGGAGUGAGACGCAGAGGACGACCAAGCGUCUAAASCGCUGUUGUGUGGUUUGUUACAGGAAGGAAAACGUUGAGCCUGAUUUUAACGAAGAUGACGAAACUUGUUUGAAGAAACAGCCAAGCGUAGGAAUUCUUCCCAAACCCGCUCGCCCAGGCUCCUCCGUCUCCCCUCCCGGCCUCAGCAGGCCAGGGAAUGUCCCGGUGGCGAGAUGCCUUAUGUGGACCGACAGAACCGCAUCUGUGGCUUUCUGGACAUUGAGGAGAAUGAGAGCAGUGGCAAGUUCCUGCGACGCUAUUUUAUACUGGACACGCAGCAGGGAAGCUUGGUGUGGUUCAUGGACAACCCACAGAACCUGCCUGUUGGUGCAGACAGCGUCGGCUUGCUCAAGCUGGCUCACAUCUCUAAGGUCAGCGAUGCCACUAAGCUGAGGCCAAAAGCUGAGUUCUGUUUCGUUAUCAAUGCUAAGAUGAGGAAGUACUUCCUGCAAGCCAAUGAUCAACAGGACCUGGUGGACUGGGUCAACGCUCUCAAUAAAGCCACCAAGAUCACUGUGCCAAAAUUGUCUGACAACCAGCAGAACUCAGACAACCAGAAAGCUUUGCCUGAUGUCGUAGGAGCCAAGAAACAAGUUUCCUACAAGACAGAAAUAAUUGGAGGAGUGCCCAUCGUUACUCAAACGCAGCAUGAAGGUGGUGACGGUGCUAACAAAUUGGAACGGGAGGCCAUGCAACGCUCCCACAACCAGUUGCCGUAUUUUUUGAGCAGGCCGGCUCAGGAGAACACUGUCAUUAAGUCAGGCUACUGUGUCAAGCAAGGAGCUGUGAUGAGGAACUGGAAACGGCGAUAUUUCCUCCUGGAAGAAAACGCGAUGAGUUACUUUAAGUCCGAUUCGGAGAAAGAGCCUCUGAGGAUGAUCCCACUAAAAGAAGUUCACAAAGUCCAGGAGUGCAAGCAGAGUGACAUCAUGAUGAGAGAUAAUCUGUUUGAAGUUGUCACCACAUCAAGGACAUUUUAUAUCCAGGCGGACAGUCCAGAGGAGAUGCACAGCUGGAUCAAAGCUGUGUCGGGGGCCAUUGUAGCUCAGCGGGGUCCCGGGAGGUCAGCAGCUACAGAACACGGCAGCCGCUCCAUGUUCUACCGCAGCCCAGCAGGUCCCCCCGUCCCUCGCUCGCCCAUAUCUGCAGUGCCCCCGUGCUACCCCGAGUGGGGGGCCGCUGUCGCGUGCGACGCACGCCCGCAGCCUGGCGUGGGACAGCGAGCACUUCAUGAGCCUGCUGCCACGCCCCAUUCACAGCCACACGCCGGCACGCCUGUCCCUGCAGGAGACACACCUGGCAAAGUGACCUGUCCACCACCUGCGACCACCAUCGCCAACUCGGAGGAGUCACCGUGGAGACGUCGAAGCAGCUUUGAGCCCCACCUGCCCGAGUCCCCUUUUGAAAUCGAUGAUGCCGAUCUGCCAGUGAGUGAGGUCUGACCUAGGUUACUGGACUUAAAGGCUCGCUUCUCUUGAUGGAUGCUGACUGGGAACUGAUGGAUAAACAGGAACCUCUGUUUACUAAACAGAGCUGUUUCACAGACUCCUCUUCUGAGCUUUUCAAUCCGAGGUGGGGUCUGAACUGCACUUUUGUGCCAAAGGCAGCAGAGUCCUCUCCGAAACCCCUCAGCCUGUCUGCUGUCCCAGUUACAAAGGCACAGGUACUCGUCAAGAAUAGGUGUUAAAACAAACAGCAGGUUUUACUUGUUCUGAAUAAAAUUCAGCAGCAGAGCUUUAUUUUAUGUGGGCACAAAGACUUUUGUAAACCACUUUGUGCCAAAAACUAAGGAAGCUUGUAAGGAUGCAACCUUUUUUUCCUAAAAGGAGUGUUUAAACUACAGACUGGCUUCUUGGCUCCUCUUAAAUGAACUAAAGCUAGAUUCUCUUCUCUAUCCACACACUCAUUACAGCAACACUGGACAAAACAGGACUGUAGACUUAAGUGUUUUACAGCUCAUCUUUGGAAAGGUGCCACUGACCUCGUUUUCAUUUAUGAAGGAGGGUGACACAGACCUUUUAGUUCACAGAAUAAACCGUUAUUAACCACACACCUAACCCUACCGUGAGCGUAUUUUAUAAUUUAGAGAACUGCAGUUGGUAGAGUCAGCUAUCAGCCUCCUGUCAUCAGAGAAUAAAACUGUACGAAGACCAAGAUUAGUCACUUAAGUUGCAUGCUAAUAUUUUAAUAACUCUUCAGGUUGUCUUUGUGUUUUUUGUUUAUUUGCAGAUGUUCUGGUUGUUGUGAGUUUUUGCAGACUAGAAAACAGAUUUAGUUUUUAUAUGCUUUUAGACCUGUUCCCUGUCCCGUUUUCUUGUAUCUUAAUUGCCAGUCUAGUUCUAGGCAGCUGCCUCAUGGUGUUAUUUAAAAAUGUCUCACUGUAAUCCUGCAAAAUGAUGUACACUAAUCUUUUUUUUUUUUAAAGUCUGAUAGAGCCAAGCUAUUUCACUCCCAUUUAUGUCUGAUGUAACUGAUUUGAAUUGUUUCUAUUUAUUAAUUGGAUGACUUGAAUGAAAUAAACACUGAAAAUAUG